AUGGGUGUCAUUGAGCCUGGAAGUAAAGUUCUAGUCACUGGUGCAUCGGGUUAUUUCGCUUCACACACCGUAGAGGCGUUCUUGAAUGCUGGCUUUCCAGUCCGCGGGACUGUCCGUUCGGCCGCGAAGGGUGAAUAUCUGAAAGAAUUGUUCAAGGGUAAACCAUUCGAAUAUGUGAUAGUACCAGAUAUAUCAGAAGAAGGCGCAUUCGACGAAGCUGUCAAAGAUGUCGAAGGUGUUGCUCAUACGGCCAGUCCCUUCCACUUCAAAGCUAUAUAUCCGGAGGAACUCAUCAAACCCGCCGUGAACGGGACAGUUGGGAUCCUGGAAAGUUUGAAGAAGAACAACCCAAAUAUCAAACGUGUGGUCAUCACCAGUUCCAUCGCUUCCGUCUUGGACCCCACCUUUCCCAAGCCUCAUACAUACACAGAGAAGGACUGGAAUAAUGUCAGUCCUAAGACCUGCGAGGAAAAAGGAAAAGAUGCACCACCUCAGGAGAUGUACAGAGCUAGCAAAGUACUUGCUGAAAAGGCGUUUUGGAAAUGGAUCGAAGAUGAGAAACCUGCUUUCGACGGGGUGGUCAUCAAUCCUGCUUUGAUCCUUGGUCCCGUGAUCCACCCAUGCGAUAAGGUUGAAGACCUCAAUUCUUCCGUCGCUAUGGUGGUCCCAUUCACCAAAGCUGUACCCCGUGAUCAAGUGCCCCCUGUGGCCGCCAAUCUCGUAGACGUGAGGGAUUGUGCACUCCAUCAUGUCAAAGCUUUGACAGUUCCAGAAGCAGGUGGACAACGUUUCAUCUCCUCUCUCGGUCCUUCCUUGGCAAACGAUUGGCUUCUCGCGGUGCACAAAUACUUUCCUGAUCUUGGAACUGUGGAUGGCGAUCCUUCCAUUGUGGAAUCAUCUAAAAAGGCGGAGAUCUGUCAUGAUGGAUCUAAAGCUGCAAAGGUUUUGUAUCCCUACCGAGCGGAAGAAGAGACUUUGAGGGAUACAGUGGAGAGUCUGAGAGAGAGGUUCAAUCUCUGA